UCUCACAUCUCUCUUCAAAUCCCUAGAGAGAGAGAAACUUCGGGUUAUAUAUAUAUAUAUAGAGAGAGAGAGAGAGAGAGUCUCUCUCCGUCUUCGUUCUCCCUUUCGGAUCUGCUUCUUUCUCUCUCAUUCAGUCGAGUUGGGGGUUGUUUGAAGAGGAACGAUGUCGUCUCUGAGUAGGGAACUCGUGUUUCUUAUACUUCAGUUUCUUGAUGAAGAGAAAUUCAAAAGCACUGUUCACAAACUGGAGCAAGAGUCGGGGUUCUUCUUUAACAUGAGAUAUUUCGAGGAAUUGGUUACAAAUGGGGAUUGGGAUGAGGUGGAGAAGUAUUUAUCCGGGUUCACGAAGGUUGAUGAUAACAGAUACUCCAUGAAGAUCUUCUUUGAGAUCCGAAAACAAAAGUACCUGGAAGCCCUAGACAAGACGGAUCGGCCUAAAGCUGUGGAUAUUCUGGUGAACGAUUUGAAAGUUUUUUCAGCUUUCAAUGAGGACCUCUUCAAGGAAAUAACACACCUUUUGACUUUGGAGAACUUUAGACAGAAUGAGCAGCUAUCUAAAUAUGAGGAUACAAAGUCUGCAAGAAAUAUAAUGCUUGCUGAACUUAAAAAGCUGAUUGAAGCAAACCCCCUGUUUCGGGACAAGUUAACUUUUCCCAACUUGAAGAACUCAAGACUGCGGACUCUAAUUAACCAAAGUUUAAAUUGGCAACAUCAGCUUUGCAAGAAUCCGAAGCCUAACCCUGACAUAAAAACCCUGUUUGUAGAUCACUCUUGUGGACAGUCACAGCCAAAUGGUGCUCAUGCUCCAUCACCCGUAACUCAUCCACUAAUGGGCGCUGUUCCUAAAGCUGGGGGUUUUCCUCCUCUUGGUGCUCAUGGUGUAAGUCCAUUCCAGCCAGCACCAGCUCCCAUGCCAACAUCUCUUGCAGGAUGGAUGGCUAAUCCAUCUCCUGUUGCUCAUCCAUCAGCUUCUGCUGGACCCAUUGGUUUCCCUACACCCAAUAAUGCUGCAGCCAUCCUCAAGCGCCCCAGGACUCCUCCUACAGCUGUGGACUAUCAGACAGCAGAUUCUGAACAUGUACUGAAGAGAUCAAGACCUUUUGGAAUGUCAGAUGAAGUAAAUAAUCUGCCUGUUAAUAUUCUGCCUGUUGGAUAUGCUGCUCAGAGCCAUGGUCAGAGUUCUUACUCUUCUGAUGAUUUGCCAAAGGAUGUUCUUAUGACUUUAAAUCAGAGUUCAGCUGUGAGGAGUAUGGAUUUCCAUCCAGUUCAGCAAAUUAUAUUACUUGUUGGAACAACUGCUGGAGAUAUCAAUGUAUGGGAUCUUGGUAGUCGGGACAAGGUUGCCUUUAGGAAUUUCAAGGUCUGGGACCAUGGUGCACGCUCAAUGCCUCUACAACCAUCACUGGCCAAUGAUUACUCUGCAUCAAUCAACCGUGUCAUUUGGAGCCCUGAUGGCACCCUGUUUGGUGUUGCAUACUCCAAGCAGAUUGUACACAUAUAUUCCUAUCAUGGUGGUGGCGAUGUGAGAAACCACCUAGAGAUUGAUGCUCACGCUGGUAGUGUUAAUGAUCUUGCAUUCUCUUACCCAAACAAACAACUUUCUGUCGUCACAUGUGGGGAGGAUCGGCUCAUUAAGGUAUGGGAUGCAGUCACAGGGGCUAAGCAGUACGUUUUUGAGGGUCAUGACGCACCUGUUUAUUCUGUAUGUCCACAUCACAAGGAAAACAUUCAGUUUAUCUUUUCGACUGCAAUUGAUGGAAAAAUAAAGGCAUGGUUGUAUGAUAACGCCGGCUCUAGAGUUGACUAUGAUGCUCCAGGUCAUUCAUCCACCACAAUGUCAUAUAGUGCUGAUGGGACCAGAUUGUUCUCCUGUGGGACUAGUAAAGAAGGAGAUUCAUACCUUGUGGAAUGGAAUGAAAGUGAGGGGGCUGUCAAGCGUACAUAUCAUGGUCUUGGGAAGCGAUCUCCAGGGGUUGUACACUUUGAUACUACAAAGAACCGGUUCUUAGCUGCUGGUGAUGAGUUUAGAAUCAAAUUUUGGGACAUGGACAAUGUUAACUUAUUGACAGCUAUUGAUGCUGAGGGUGGAUUACUGGCUUCUCCCUGUAUCCGAUUCAACAAGGAAGGUGCAUUAUUGGCUGUUUCAACAAAUGAGAAUGGCGUCAAAAUACUAGCAAAUACAGAUGGGAUCAGGCUACUACGGACGGUCGAAAGCCGUUCAUUUGACGCUCUUAGAGUUGGACCUGCAGCUGUUGUGAAGGCCCCAACAGUAGGAACCAUCGGUGCUGUAAAUGUGCCUGUUGGAUCAAGCAUAGUUGAUCGCACUGCUCCAAUAGCAUCAAUAGUUGCAAUGAAUGGUGAUCGAAACUUGGCAGAUGUAAAGCCCAGAAUCACUGAUGAGUCAAUGGACAAAUCCAGGAUCUGGAAACUGACAGAAAUCAAUGAACCAUCACAAUGCCGAUCUUUGAGGCUUCCAGAUAAUAUGACUGCAAUGAGGGUUUCUAGGUUGAUCUAUACAAAUUCAGGAUUUGCCAUUUUGGCACUAUCAGCUAAUUCAGUGCACAAACUCUGGAAAUGGCAGAGAAAUGAUCGAAACUUGACUGCCAAGGCAACUGCUAGUGUUGCACCACAACUGUGGCAUCCUUCAAGUGGAAUAUUGAUGACAAAUGACAUUAGUGACACGAACCCUGAAGAUGCUGUUCCAUGCUUUGCACUGUCAAAGAAUGACUCUUAUGUUAUGUCAGCUUCAGGAGGGAAAAUCUCCUUAUUUAAUAUGAUGACGUUCAAGACAAUGACGACAUUCAUGCCCCCUCCACCUGCAGCAACGUUUUUAGCUUUUCAUCCCCAGGACAACAAUAUCAUUGCAAUAGGCAUGGAGGAUUCUACUAUCCAAAUAUAUAAUGUCAGGGUUGAUGAGGUCAAAACAAAGCUCAAAGGCCAUGAGAAAAGAAUAACAGGGCUUGCCUUCUCUAAUAUUCUCAACAUUCUGGUAUCUUCAGGUGCUGAUUCUCAGCUGUGUGUUUGGAGCACAGAUGGAUGGGAGAAGCAAACAAGUAAAUAUGUGCAGAUUCCAAGUGGGCGAACACCGACUCCUCUUGCAGAUACCCGUGUACAAUUUCACCAAGAUCAGAUUCAUUUAUUGACAACCCAUGAAACUCAGAUAGCUAUAUAUGAAGCACCCAAGCUAGAAUGUGUUAAGCAGUGGGUUCCUCGAGAAGGAAACGGUUCAAUUACACAUGCAACAUAUUCCUGCGAUAGCCAAUCAAUAUAUGUCAGUUUUGAAGAUGGAAGUGUUGGUGUUCUCACUGCUUCAACACUAAGAUUGAGAUGCCGAAUUAAUCGUUCAUCUUAUCUAUCUGCAAAUCCAAGCUUGAGGGUAUAUCCUCUCGUCGUUGCCUCACAUCCAUCAGAACCUAAUCAGUUUGCAUUGGGACUUACUGAUGGUGGAGUCUGUGUCCUUGAACCACUAGAAGCAGAAGGGAAAUGGGGCACCUCCCCCCCACAUGAAAAUGAUGCUGGGCCUAGCACCAUCUCUGGUGCAGCUAAUUCAGAUCAACCCCAAAGAUAAAAGAACCCAGUACAUACAUAUGCAGUUGAUAAAGAUGUGGAUGGUUGUUUGCACUUUCUUGUGGUUUUACUCCCUGGCCCGGCCCAGCUAUGUUUUUCUUUUGAAGGGGAAGCUGAAGGAUUAUUCUCAAGGGAAAGCUGCUGCAAUAGACGUAGGAUACCCGAUCAAACUUGUUAACAGUUAAGCUUCAGGGGUAUGAAUAUGUUUUUAACUGAAAUGGCAGAUAUAAUAUGUUUAAUUCUCUUUAUGAUGUUAACUUGUGUAACUUUGUCAGAGGAAUGGGGGGCUUCGCAGAUGGGGGGGGCGGCGUUUUCUCUUGAUUUAUAAGUAACUUUGGAAAAUGAAAUGCUCGGUUUCUUUUA